AACGUACCAAGACGCCAGUUUAAUUUGUUUUGGGCAGACUGCAGUGUUACUUCAACCUCUCGUCCGGCAACUUCACAGAUUCUAUUAGAAAAUGUUGGCUGAGUUUAUUGCUCUUUUUGUGCUCAUAGUAUUGAUUUACAAGUUAUUCAACCCUUACGAUUAUUGGAAGAAGAAAGGGUAUCCGUAUGUUGAAGGCAGUUUCCCACUUGGAACGAGACCGCCUUUGUUUUUGUCAAAGAUCUACCAAGGGCAUAUAAUUGAAAAAAUAUACAAUGAGUUAUCCCCUCAUCCGUUUGGUGGAUUUUACAUCGUCCAAGCGCCGCACCUGAUGUUACGCGAUCCCCAGCUUAUAAAACAUAUUAUGGUGAAAGACUUUUCCCAUUUUAGAAGCCGGUUCGGAAAGAGAUAUUCUCCAAACGAUCCCCUAUCCCAGCAUCUUUUCAACCUCGAGGGCGACCUUUGGAGGAGCGUUCGGGUUAAGCUGACUCCGACGUUUACUUCCGGGAAGAUGAAAAUGAUGUACGCGCUUUUCGAAGCAUGUGCUAACAAUUUGAGCAAAGUUUUAGACGAUUCUGUCGGAAAGGACGUCGAUAUAAAAGAUCUAUUCGCCCGGUUCACGACAGACGUGAUUGCCACCUGUGCCUUCGGCCUUGAAGCCAACUCUCUCAAAGACCCGAAAAAUGAAUUUCGUACCAUGGCAGAUAAAAUUUUUCCUCCUUAUGUAAGCAAUUUGGUGAAAUUUUCCUUUUUAGCCCGAUUUUCCCCGUUGAAAUCUCUAAUAGGAGUUCUCGGUUUAAAAUUCGUUCCUCGAAAAGUAAACGAUUUCAUCAUCAACACCAUUAGAGACACGAUAGAUUACAGAGAAGAGAACAAUGUGAAGAGAAAUGAUUUUUUAAACUUACUCAUCGAAAUGAAAAACAAACCGUUAAAUGAGGACGGACAAAAAAAAGACGAGUUAGAGAUGGAUCUGGGAAUGAUAGCAGCACAGUGUUACGUUUUCUUUGCAGCCGGUUUUGAAACAAGUUCAUCAGUCCAAAGUUACGCUCUUUACGAACUAGCAUUUAAUCAGGAUAUUCAAAAAACCUUAAGGGAAGAAAUUGACGAAGUGCUUGCCAAACACGGCGGAAAGCCGACGUACGAGGCGUUGCAAGAAAUGCCAUAUUUAGAGCAGGUCAUCAAUGAGGCAAUGAGAAAAUACCCGACCCUGCCCUUAAUCACUCGGGAGUGCACCAAAGACUACGUACUAGAUGAGUUUGGCCUCAAAAUUAAGAAGAGUGAACAAAUCUUAAUUCCGACGUACGCACUUCAACACGACCCGAAGUACUUUCCGUCUCCGCAAAAGUUCAACCCAAGUCGCUUUUCAGAAGAAAACAAAUCGUCAAUAGUUCCUUUCACGUAUCUUCCAUUUGGAGAAGGCCCGAGGAUUUGUAUCGGUAUGAGAUUCGGGAUGAUGCAAACUAAACUAGGCCUAGUAACUGCCCUGUCACGUUUUAACGUUUUCCCAUCACCCACGACGCCUAAGUCCCUGAAGUUCGCCUCGACAUCUGUCAUAACGAUCGUAGAAGGUUCAAUCAAUUUAAAGUUUGAAAAAAGACAAUAAGAAUUUCAAGUUUUAUCAUCUCCGUGCUCAUUGGAUAUUAAUUAUAGAUUCGAAGUACAUUAUUCGAUAUGUAAUUUUAAUUAUGUAAGUAUGUAAUAGAUGUGUUAGUGUUUGAAUUUUAAAUUGAACAUACAUUUAUAUCAUGUAUACCAAAAAUAAUAAUGAAACUAAUAAAUAAUUCGAAAGUAGUGUAAUGCUGGCCAAAUAUAUAUUUUUUUAUAUACAAGGGUUCGUAACAGGUGAGGUCAUUUCUCAAAAUAGAUCAUAUAAAAAAGCCCAUUUGUAAGUAUAUCGGGUUCGAACCCGGGACUUUUACCUUGCAGUGAUGAGCGCCGUGUCAACGCCCACAUUUUUUUCAACCUUAAAUACAUAAGUUAUUUUGGACUAUCUCUCGUUAUCAUUUAUAAAUGUUUAAUGAAAAAUAUUUGCUCGCGCAAGAUAAAAGUGGGAAACAGUCUCAGAAUGAAAAUAUAAAAUUAAACUAGAAUUAAAUUAAAUUU